ACAGUAAGAAACAGAUAACACAAAAAUGAAACCUUUUCACACAAUGGCUGAUCAAUGACACGUUCCUAGCAUCUCUAAUAAGCCAAAGAAUUUAUCCUUGGUUGUAGGGUAAGGAAGUGACUAAGGAAGAUGAGCUUUCAAAGAAUCACCCUCUAAUUUACAUCCUUAAUGAGGAGCCACCCAAAUCGCUCUGCCAUUGACUCCUUGUCUGGGCAGAAUGUCUGAGGGUAACAUGGAGCAUGGAAAGGUGCCUGGAAAUGCAGUGGCUAGGUUGCAGCCUGCAAGAGGGAACAACUUAAGCAUGAUGGACAAAAAAUUGAAUCUUUUGAAUGAAAAGGUAGAUAAAUUAUUGAGUUUCCAAGAAGACUUGACUGGCAAGCUGCAAAAGGUGAACCGAGGCAUUGAUGACAUAGGAAAGAACAUUGAUAAGUUAACAGCAUCCCAAGCAUCCACUGCUCAGACUGAUACAACAAAAAGAUGCCCAAAACCUGGGGACAGCAUUCACCCGUCUGAGACUGAAACUGUGUGCUCAGAAAUGUUGAAGCUGAUGAGAGCUACACAGCAAGAUGCCUUGAAGCACAGGGAGAGGCUGGAAAAGAUAGAAAAAAUGGUUGAUACUGUGGAUAAAGUCAUUACAUUUGUGGGAGAGACAUUCAAAAAUUCUAAAGUAGUGGAUUUCAUUCUGAGAGGCACUGUACCCUGGAAGAAAGGGAAUUUGGUUGAAAUCCUAAUGGAGGUAAAGCAGGUAGAGAACAACUACCAACAGGGAUUUAUAGCUAACAUGCUGGCUGGGAUUUCCAUCAAUGUGCAGAUGACUGACACCCAAGAAAAGAUUCCAGUGGCCAAAGAAGGAAGCCUUGGUGAUCAUGGAGGUACAAGUUCCAAAGUAAAAUCCCCUCUCUCCUCACCAUUGGAAGUUGAAGGAGUUAAACAUCUGAUUGACAAAUUUAAACACAAUCCAUGCCCUCCAAACACCAGAACUGACCCAGUUCAAGAAGUAAAAGGGGUGAAGCUUGCUAAUAAACACAAUGAACAGGAACUCAAAUUAGGGAAGCCACAGAUGCUAUUGAACAAAAUCUCAACUGAUAAAAAGCCCCUAGAGAAAUCAGAGCUAAAAUGCAAGUCCAUAUCCUCUCAAAGCACAACUGAAAACAAUACUAAAAAAGAUCUUGGGGCCAAAAUAAAAAGCCAUAAAGAAACAACAAAGACAAUGAAAGAAUCCACAAAGGAUGCUAGAUCUGAAUUAGAAUUAGAAUGUGUGGAAUUAGAAAGCACAUACGCAGGACAAAAAGAAGACAAUGCAAAUCAAUGUACAGGAGAGGCCCCAGAAAAUACUACAUCAGUAGAAGCCAGCAAAGCAUUUGGCAAGCAGGAUGAAGUAAUCAUUGAUGACAGCCCUCCGCCUCCUGCUCCCUUUGAACAUCAAGUAGUGAGCGUCAAACAAACAGAGAUAACAACCUGCUAUUCAGUGUGCCGGCAUGAAGUAUUAGGAGGGGGGCGUUUUGGUCAAGUUCACAAGUGCACAGAGGUGUCAACUGGUCUUAACCUGGCAGCCAAAAUAAUAAAAGUGAAAGGAGCAAAGGAAAGGGAGGAAGUGAAAAAUGAAAUAAACAUCAUGAACCAGUUAAAUCAUGUGAAUCUGAUCCAGCUUUAUGAUGCUUUUGAAUGCAAGAACAACCUCACCUUGAUCAUGGAAUAUGUUGAGGGUGGUGAAUUAUUCGACCGAAUCACAGAUGAAAACUACCAUCUAACUGAGUUGGAUGCAAUCCUUUUUACCAAACAAAUAUGUGAAGGAGUCCACUACAUACAUCAGCAGUAUAUUCUCCAUUUAGACCUGAAGCCUGAAAACAUAUUGUGUAUAAAUCGCACUGGAAACCAGAUUAAAAUUAUUGACUUUGGUUUAGCUAGGAGGUAUAAACCUCGUGAGAAGCUGAAAGUUAAUUUUGGCACUCCUGAAUUCCUGGCUCCCGAAGUGGUGAACUAUGACUUUGUUUCGUUCCCAACUGACAUGUGGAGUGUAGGCGUCAUCACGUACAUGCUGCUCAGUGGCUUAUCGCCAUUCCUAGGAGAAACGGACGCAGAGACAAUGAAUUACAUAGUGAACUGCAGCUGGGAUUUUGAUGCAGAUGCAUUUGAAGACCUCUCAGAAGAGGCAAAAGACUUUAUUUCCAAACUCCUUGUGAAGGAGAAGAGUUGCAGGAUGAGCGCAGCACAGUGUCUGAAACACGAGUGGCUAAAUGAUCUGCCUGGCAAAGCCAAGAAAUCCAAGUUUUGCCUGAAGUCCCAGUUGCUGCUACGGAGUUACAUGGCUCAUAGAAAAUGGAAGAAACAUUUCUACGUGGUAGCUGCUGCCAAUCGGCUGAGAAGGUUUCCGAGCAUGUCUGUCAACCUUGCCUAGGCUGCUGUGGAAGAGCUAUAGGCAUUAGAGCUAGAGAUGAAGCAGAGAGACAAGAACUGGACGUUUCUCUCUCUUCCCCCACCACUUCUGCCACCCUCAUGUUAUGUAUCAUGUGUGUGUCAGGUACCAGCACUGCCUCAGAGCACAACAUAGAAUGAAUUUUACUCAUCUUUAUAAAAUGGGGGUUUCCAUAGUUCUGUUUUACAAGCUCUGAGCUGCUGGACAUAGUGAUACAUAAAUAUUCCUGAUAUAACUCCACUUAUAGCUAUGAUGAUAUGCUCAUAAUUAGCAGCUAAGUUCUUUGAGUGGGACCCAUUUUGUUUGGAAGUCUUUGAUUAUUUAUAUAAAUCCAAAGGGUGGAGUAUAGCAGCAAGCACCUGGUCAGCAGCAGUGGGAUACCUUAAGACUUUCUAUCUUAAUGAGAUGCCAUACUAUCACUUUUAGGGAGUUGCCACAGUGGAGAUAAAUUUGGAGGGAUAAUAGUGCUAUAGUUUCCCCAAAGAUAACUUUUACUUAAAGCAAAAUACCCAGGGACAAAACUGAGGUUGAAAAAUGCAGUUUUUCUACAUUUCUUCUAAAGGGGUUGAUUUUUUUCCUGCCUCUUCCCUCCCCCCCAUUUUUUUUUUUUUUUUUUGCACAGAAGCAGCACAAUAAUGCAUGGCAACUAGUCAGAGUAGAAAGAAAAAGUGUCUUCCACAUUAUCCUCUAAAACAAAACCUACUGCUUUCAGAGAUAUUUAAAACCUGGCACAAGUUAAGGCAGAUUGUCCCCUACUGCUCUAUUUUUAUAAUGGGUCAAACUGAUUAAAUAGCUCUUUAGGUUGGCAUGAAUCUAGGUUCAACUACCACAAAUAAAAAACAAUUGGGAUGACAAUCUGGUGGAUGCAAUACUGUGCAGUUAGGUGUCACCUCCUCCCCAGGAACAGAGGUUCUUUUAUUCUCCCCUCUGGGUGUGAGUUUCAGGGGGUACAUUUUAAACAUAUCAAUGCUUUUCUGUAGCUGGGACCUGAAUGCUUAGUUUUCUAAGCUGAUAUUUGAGUUCAACACUUCUGCCAAAUGCCAUGAAGUGUAACAGAAAAGCUACUGCUUUGUAACAGAUGAACUGGUUUUUGUUUCUGUUCAGCUGCUGGGGAUGGGGGGGUGGGGGAGAAGAAUCAGUGAAUUGCCAGCCUUUGACUCUGUUUCAGUCACAUGGGAACUGUUGCCCUUUUUCUGAUUGUUUAAAAACAAACGUAAAUUAGUAUUGUGAAGAAAAAGGUUAAUUUCAAGAACCAAAGAUUUUUUUCCUGAGGCUUAUAAAGCUGGAGGCACCCCCUAUAACAUAAGCCCAGUAUCAAUUGUGUUUCCUUAAUGUUUAUCAGGCACUUUUGUAGAGGUGGCUGGCAUGCUGUUUCUGUUUCCUUUGUGGCUAACCUAGAGGCUGCACCACUCUAUGUGAGCUGAUUAAAAUAAUUUAUCACUAACAGUAGCAGCUUAAGACUGCACAUUAAGCCUAAUCAAAUCACUAUUUUACUCCCAUUAACUCAUAGCCCUUCAAUUGCCUAACGUGGUUGUUGCUACCAGCCCUCAUCAAGACCUUAAAAAUUGCUUACACUAGUUUAAUGUUAAGCUUGUCUAGCUUUUCAGUUCUAGAACAUCUCCCUUCACUUCCAGAUGGACUGGACUUGUACAGCAUUUUUGGCAUUAUGUCAGAGGGCAACAAAAGUUACAUGAAAAAAUCUUGACAAGGGAUCACCUUCUAUGAAGGCCCAAGCUUGUUCACAUUUCCCCUCCCCAGUGACAUUGCAUGGUAAAUAGUUAUUGUUAGUAUGCCUAGUUAUGAAAUUAACACUAAUACAUCUCAGUAAAAAUGUAACUGGCCUAUUUCUCUCGAGUCUGAAAUACAGUAAUCAGUCUAAUGUAAAGGUAGCAUUGGUGAGCCCUUGAUAACUGACUUUCUCCCAGAGUGUGGACCCUCCUUCAAUAUUAUGAAAUCUGAAUUAGAAAAAAAUUCUGGAAUCUCAUUUUACAGCUAUUCUUAGUGAGUUGAGACUGCUCCGUGUUUGCCCUGCUCUUCAGCAUUUGUCUGGCCUCUUCCUGAAUCAACUUAUUAAAAUUUUAACUUGAACCAACCCCAAACCAACUCUAAGUUGACCAGGAGGAAGGCUUCCACUUUCACUCUUAAAUUUUGUAAAACGGGGUGGAGCAGAGUGGGUGAAUAGAAGAGAGAGAGAAGCAAACUUCUCUCUUAAGAAGCUGGUCAGUUGCCUUGGCAGCAUCUCUUCUUCAUUACCUGGUCUUUGUAAAUGGAUAAUGGAUGGAUGCCCUUACUUAUUCAUGCUUAAGGCUGCGAGUCUGUCACAGAAGUCACGGCAUCCAUGACCUCUGUGACUACUGCAGUGGCUGGUGCUGGCCCUGGGCCAGCAGCAGCAGUUUGGGUGUGUGGGAAGGAGCUCAGGGCUAGGGGCAGGGGGGUUGGGGAUGCUUACCUCGGGGUAUGGGAGGGUCCCCGGCGCCACUGGCGUGGCCCUGCAGCUCCUAGGCAGAGGGGCCAAGGGGCUUUGCGAGCUGUCUGUGCUCACAGGCCCCGCCUCCGCUGCGCCCAUUGGCCAGGAACUGCGCAGCCAGUGCUUGUGGUGGAAGCAAUGUGUGGAGCUCCACUGCCUAGGAGCUGCAGGACACGCAGAGCACGGUAGGGAGCCCCUGCCAGCCUCGCCAACUCCCCCCCCCCCCAGCACCAUCAGGGUCCUGAGCAACCUCCCUCAGCCCCACGGCACCCCCAAACACAAGCACCUGCAGCCCCCAGCCCAAGUUUUAAUUAGGGGUAUAUAGUAAAAGUCAUGGACAGGUCACAGGCAGUGAAUUUUUGUUUAUUGCCCAUGACCUGUCUGACUUUUACUAAAAAUACCUGUGACUAAAACGUAGCCUUAUUCAUGAUAUAUGUUUUAGGCUGACUGCAGGCUGCACACUGUUCCUUGAUGUUUAGUUUUUUCAGUUGCCUACUUUAGGCUCAGACCUUAAUUCUUAACAUGAAAGUCCCUUCAGAAUAUCCAUCCCGCAGAUGGUAGCAGGCCAGGCUUUCACAAAUCCCCUCUCUGCAGAACUCUUUCAAUUUAUUAAAAAAAA